AUGCAGACCAAGACGACGAGGUCUCUUUCUGUGUCUGUGAAACCUUCCCUCGAAGUUCCCCUCUCUGACCUCUAUGCAGAUGAAGUCAAGCUUCGAGCGGCGACUAUACCUACAUAUAAAGGAUCCGCUGAGCCCUUUGACAGGGCCAAAACCGGCAUCCAUUCGCAGCGUCAAGAGAUAUGCGAGAUAAACAAACCUCCCUGUGGACAAGGGGCCGCUUCUGUCGAAUUUCCAAGGAGGGUGAAAUCAUCCUCCUCCUCCUCCUCCUCCUCCUCCUCCUCCUCCUCCUCCUCCUCCUCCUCCUCCUCCUCCCGUAUGAAGGGAGAACUAUUUCUCUCCCAGGGAUAUUCUUUGAUUGUCUGCCUGCCAAGAAUUUCCAAGGAGGGUGAAUCCUCCUCCUCCUCCUCCUCCUCCUCCCGUCAUGAAGGGAGAACUUUUUCUCUCCCAGGGCUAUUCUGA